CGUCUCAGCUCUGUCUGGGCACAGAAAUUCAGUGGGGAAACUGCUUUGGGCUCAAGCAAGACUGUUCUCUCAAAAAUUUGCAUUUACCUCCUAAAACCAGAAGGGCUGGAGGUAUAGGGGCAGGACAAUGCAUCUGUUGGUGGUGUGUCUGCUCGGUGUCUGGGGGCUGGCUGCCCCUGAGCACUACGCUGUGGAGGACAUCUGCACCGCCAAGCCCCGCGACAUCCCCGUGAACCCCAUCUGCAUCUAUCGCAACCCUGACAGGAAGCUGCAGGAGGGUGAGGGGCAGGAGCCAGCCAAGGACAAGCUCCCAGAGUCCACCAACCCACGGGUCUGGGAGCUGUCAAAAGCCAACUCUCGCUUCGCUGUCGUCUUCUACAAGUACCUGGCUGACUCCAAGGACAAUGGGGAAAACAUCUUCAUGUCACCCCUCAGCAUUUCCACAGCCUUCGCCAUGACCAAGCUCGGAGCCUGUGGCAGCACCCUCCAGCAGCUCAUGGAGGUCUUUAGAUUUGACACCAUUUCGGAGAAGACCUCAGACCAGAUCCAUUUCUUCUUUGCCAAGCUGAACUGCCGCCUUUACAAGAAAGCAAACAAAUCCUCAGAGCUGGUAUCAGCCAACCGUCUCUUCGGGGAGAAAUCCUUGGUCUUUAAUGAGACUUACCAGAACAUCAGUGAAAUCGUUUAUGGAGCAAAGCUCUGGCCCUUGAACUUCAAAGAGAAGCCAGAGCUUUCCAGGCAGAUCAUUAAUGAGUGGGUGGCUAAUAAGACCGAGAGGCGCAUUACAGAAGUGAUCCCAGAAAGUGGUAUUGAUGAUCUCACAGUCUUGGUCCUGGUCAACACCAUUUAUUUUAAGGGGCACUGGAAAUCACAGUUCCCAGCUCCAAACACAAAACUGGAUGUAUUUCAUAAAGCCAGUGGUGAGACCUGCCAAGUCCCAACUAUGUACCAGGAGUCCAAGUUCCACCACGCAUUCAUCCCCCAGGACAAAGUGCAGGUGCUGGAGCUGCCUUACAAAGGGGAUGAUAUCACGAUGGUGCUGGUGCUGCCCAGUGCUGGGACACCACUGCAGGAGGUGGAGCGAGAGCUGACAUCAGAGAAGCUGCAGGGCUGGAUAGAUUCCAUGAAGGAGAUGUCCCUCUUUGUGUACCUCCCUCGCUUCCGCGUCGAGGACAGCUUCAGUGUCAAGGAAAAGCUGAGGAAAAUGGGGCUGGAAGAUCUCUUCAGCCCGGAAAACGCCAGACUCCCAGGCAUCAUUGCAGAGGGCCGCACAGACCUGUACGUGUCUGAGGCUUUCCACAAAGCCUUCCUGGAGGUGAAUGAAGAAGGCAGUGAGGCCUCAGCUGCUACAGCUGUCACCAUCUCUGGCCGUUCCUUCCCUAUGAACAGAAAAAUCUUCAAUGCCAACAGGCCCUUCCUGCUUUUCAUCCGGGAAGCUGCCCUCAACACCAUCAUCUUCAUGGGCAGGAUAGCUGAUCCUUGCUCCUAAAGGGGCUGACAGGGCCUCACUGCUCCCUCCUCUGCCUCGGGAAAAGGGAAGGUGGGGUAUUGCCACAACGCGUGGGCUGCUCCUGGGGUGGUUGUUCUUGCUGUUUGGUGCCAGCUGCAGGGAGGGGCUGCAUCCAGCUGGGCUGUUCCUGCUCUUCCCUGCCAUGGCAGGUGAGGGGGCUCAUAGCUCACCUCACCUGUCCUGUCCUCUGUGGCAAGGAAAGCUGAAUUUCCUCUGGCACCAGUAUUUUUGUGGCACCCAAGUCCAGCAUUGCUGUCCUUCCUGUGCCCAACCCUCUGUACCUCUGAUGGCUUGGUUCAUUAAAACCUAUAGAUCUGUA